GCUCUGGAGGAUUCGGGGGCGGCGCCGGCGCAGAUCCUGAACCCCCUCAGGAACGCCCUGGAAUGCGCCCGGAGCGCCGGGGAUGAACGGCUGCAGCGUCGGGUGCUGCGGCGGCUCCGGGCUCAGCAGCUCCGGGCCGGGGACCCCGAGGGGGCCGAGGAGACCCAAAAGGAGCUCGGGGGGGACCCCCGGGGGGAGGAGGAAGAUGAAGAUGAAGAUGAAGAUGAAGAAGAUGAAGAUGAAGAGGAGGAGGAGGAGGAGGAAUCGGAUUCGGAGCUGUCCGAGAGCGAUGAUGAAGAGGAAGAUCUCGAGGGGUACCCCAAAAGUGUCCCCGGGAGGCGCCGCAGCAACAAGUGGAACCGUCGGAACGAGCGUGGCGAGACCCCCCUGCACCGCGCCUGCAUCGAGGGCGACCUCAAACGGGUCCGCCUCUACCUGGACCAGGGUCACCCGGUGAACCCUCGGGAUUAUUGCGGGUGGACCCCCCUGCACGAGGCCGCCAACCACGGACACCUCGAGAUCGCCCGGCUGCUGCUGGCGCGGGGCGCGGCGCGGGACGACGCGGGCGGGCCGGGCUGUGAGGGGCUGACGCCGCUGCACGACGCGUUGGCCUCGGGGCGCUUCCCGGUGGCGCAGCUGCUGAUCCGCGCCGGGGCCCGGCUCGAUGCCAGGGACGCCAAGGGCCGGACGCCGCUGCAGACGCUGCAGGAGUGGCUGCGCAGCUUCGGCCCCGAGCUCGACGCCGAGACCCGCCAGAGCGCCCGGGAAACCCUCCGGAUGCUCCGCGAAAAAGAGGCUCCCGAGGAAUCCCAAAUCCCAAAUUCCGCCUCCAGCCCCACCCGGAAGCGCCAACGGAUCCCAGAGGAUGAAAACGAGGAAAAAACCCAAAAUUUGGGAAAAUCCGGCGUGGAAAAUCCCGAAAUUCCAACAGAAAAUCCCGAAAUUCCGACAGAAAAUUCCGAAAUUCUGCUGGAAAAUUCCAAAAUUCCGACAGAAAAUCCCGAAAUUCCGACAGAAAAUCCCGAAAUUCCGACAGAAAAUCGCAAAUUUCAGCCAGAGAAUCCCAAAAUUCUGCCCAAAAAUCCCAAAAUUCCGGCGGGAAAUCCCAAAAUUUUGGCGGGAAUUCCCAAAAUUCCGUCGGGAAUUCCCAAAAUUCCGUCGGGAAUUCCCAAAAUUCCGUCGGGAAUUCCCAAAUUAAUUCCGGAAGUUUCCCGGCCGGCGCUGAUCCCGCUGGAGGAAUUCCUGGCGCAGGAGGAUUGGCUGGAGGACGAUUUGGGGCCAUCCCGGAAAAAACCCCGACGGAAUUUUCGGGAAUUUCGGGAAUUCCGGGAUCCCAAAAUUCCCAGAAAUCCCAAAAUUCCCAAAUCCGGCAGCUCCCGAAAUUUGGAGGAUUCGGAGCCGCGGGAAUUUCCUGAUUUUGGCUCUGAUUCGUCGGAAAUUCCGGAAAAUUUUGGGAAUUCGGGGGAAAUUCCGGAAUUUUCCGGGAAUUCAGCAGAAAUUCCGGAAGAUUCCGGGAAUUCUGCGGAAAUUCCGGAAUUUUCCGGGAAUUUGGUGGAAGAUCCGGAAGGUUCCGGGAAUUCCGCUCCGGUUCCGGCCCUGAGGAUCCGGAUCCGAAUCCAGGACGAGAUUUUCCUCAUCCCGGUGCUGCCCAGCAGCUCGGCGCGCAUCUCGGCUCUGUGCGCGGCGGCGGCGGAGCGCUUCAGCCGCGGUGCCGGGAGCCGCCCGCAGCUGCGGCUGCGCCGGGCCGGGGCUCUGCUGGAGCCGCAGGACAGAGUCACCCACCUGCUCAGGGACGGGGACCAGGUGGAGGCCGAGAUCCUGGGCUGGGAUUUGCCGCCGCUCCCGGAGCGUUACCGGAGAAUCUGCGCCAGCAUGGGCCUGGCCCCGUCGCAGGCGCUGCUGCAGCUGCUGCGGCUGCAGGCCGCGUGCGGGGCGCUGGAGGUGCCGGCGGGGCUGUCGCUGCGGCGGCUGCAGCUGCGGGCGCUGCUGCGGGCGCUGCGGGCGCAGGAGGAGCUGCGGGAGCUGCGGCUGCACCAGCGCAGCCUCGGGGACGCCGACGCAGCCGAGCUGGGCAUGGCGCUGGCGGCGCUGCCGCGCCUCGCCCGCCUGCGGCUGCACGGGAGCUGCAUCGGAGCCGCCGGCAUACGCAGCAUUGCUGGUACUGCCGGGACGCUGCAGGCCCUGCAGGAGCUGGACCUCAGCCUGACCCCGCUGGGGGACACCGGUGGUCACUCUCUGGUCACUCAGUGGUCACUCAGUGGUCACUCAGUGGCCCUGCAGGAGCUGGACCUCAGCCUGACCCCGCUGGGGGACACCGGUGGUCACUCUCUGGUCACUCUGCUCGGACAGUGUCCGGCACUGGUCACUCUGCGCGUCCGGAGCUGCGGCCUGAGCCGGCCAUUCCCCAUCCCAGACACGACCCCUCUGCAGAGCCUGGCCCUGUCCUACAACCACCUGGGCCGGGCGGGGCUGCGGCGGCUCCUCAGGACGAUCCCGGCCAGGAGCAUCCGGAGCCUGGAGCUGGACGGAGUCCUUGGGGACACUGGGGACACUGGGGACACCGAUGGGGACAUUGACAGGGACACCGAUGGGGACAUCGAUGGGGACAUUGGUACGGAGCUGGCACGGUACCUGCAGCAGCCUUGGUGA